UGUCGGCGUGUGACGUGUCUCCGUCAAUACAAAGAUGUCGGAUGAAGUGGAAGAAGCUUUUGGGGGCAGUUGGGACCAGGACCUUGCUGAGGCACUGGACUCCGGUGGCUCUGACAUGGAGAUGGAACGUGGUUUUACCCAGGCUGAGGAUAAUUCCCCUCAGCAUAGAGCCAAGAUGUGGAAGAUCGCCCUGAAUGUCUCUGGCAAAGGAGACAGUCUGGCAUCAUGGGAUGGCAUCCUGGAUUUACCCGAACAAACACUCAUUCACAACCGAACUCGACAGCUGAUAGACCAACUGAAUGUGUCAGAGGAAGAGAAGGCUGACAUGGUGUCUGACGUGGAGUCAGUCAUCACCUUCUACUGCAAGUCGCGCAAUAUUAGCUUCACCUCAGAGCCCAGCUGGCCGCACAUUAUUAAGCCACUUCUCGGUCUCCAACUCCAUCGCAGCGACCUCUACAACUGCUUCUAUGCUGUCAUGAACAAAUACAUUCCUAGAGACUGCGUGCCCAAUGGCCGCCCCUUCCACCUGUACAGGCUGCUGCUGCAGUACCAUGAGCCGGAACUCUGCUCAUUUUUGGACACCAAAAAGAUCACACCAGACUCCUAUGCCAUCAACUGGCUUGGGAGUCUCUUCUCCAGUCACUGCCUCCCAGAUGUCACUCAGAGUUUGUGGGACUCCUACCUACAACAGGCAGACCCUUUCCUUAUCUUCUUCCUCAUGCUCAUCAUCCUCGUCAACGCCAAAGAGACCAUACUUUCACAAGAAGGAGACAGCAAGGAAGACAUCAUCAAAAUGCUUGAAGCUUCUCCUUCGCUUUUGGAAGCUGAGGACAUAGAAGACUUAUUUUCUUUGGCCCAGUAUUACCAGAGCAAGACUCCACUUUCCCUGAGAAAAAUGAACCAAAAUCUUUUUGGGAGCAGCCUGGUGGCUCUGAAGGAAGAGGACAUGGACUUGAGUCAAGCUUUGUGUCUGCCUGUGUCCGUGCCUGAGAUUCUGCAGGCAAACCAGCUACAGCAGGAUGGGGUUCGGUUCUUUGUGGUGGAUUGUCGGCCUGCAGAGCAGUACAACGCAGGUCACUUGUCGACAGCCUUUCACUUGGACUCUGACCUGAUGCUCCAAAACCCAUCUGAGUUUGCACUGUCAGUCAAGUCCUUGUUAGAAGCUCAGAAGCAAUCUUUGGAGUCUGGCUCCAUCGCCAGCGGAGAGCACCUGUGCUUCAUGGGCAGUGGGAGGGAAGAGGAAGACAUGUACAUGAACAUGGUGCUGGCCCACUUCCUGCAGAAAAACAAAGAAUAUGUCAGCAUUGCUAAGGGGGGUUUUAUGGCACUUCAACAACACCUGGUUGACAUGAAUGUGGAGGGCCUAGAUUCAUCAUACGUCCACUGGAUUGUCAGCACGUCAGGAUCCCUCAGCAGCCUCAGUUCCAUGGAUGGCGACUCGCUGAGCAGCCCCAGCGACGGAAAAGGAGUGAAGUCUUUGGUGAACAAGAUGACAUUUGCUCUCAAGUCCAAGUCGGUCAACGUGAAGGAGAAGAUGAUCAGCUUCAUUGAGAACACUUCCACCCCUGUAGACAGAAUAUCUUUCACUCUGCCGUGGCCUGAGAAAGUGGUUCCUGAUCGACACGUGAGCAGCAGUGACCGCGUGGGCAAGCCAUACAGGGGUGUGAAGCCGGUAUUCAGUAUUGGUGAUGAAGAGGAGUAUGAUACAGAUGAGAUUGACAGCUCGUCCAUGUCAGACGACGACAGGAAGGAGAUUGUCAACAUUCAGACCUGGAUAACCAAACCAGAUGUCAAGCACCACAUUCCAUGUAAUGAGGUGAAAGAAACUGGCCACAUGUUUCAGAGCCACUUGUUGAUCACAGCCACUCACAUGUACUGUUUGCGAGAGAUUGCCUCCAGAAAAGGCUUCGCCUACAUCCAGUCCAGACAGGCGCUGAGCUCUGUGGUGAAGAUCACGUCAAAGAAGAAGCAUCCAGAGCUCAUUACCUUCAAGUUUGGCAGCAACAACUCAGCCGGUGUGGAGAUCUCAGCAGUUGAACGUUAUUUGAUACCCAACGCUGGCGACGCCACUAAAGUCAUCAAACAGCAGAUCAUGAAAGUGCUGGAUGCUCUGGAGACCUCCUAGAAGCCCACGUGCUGACCCAGUGACACAAAAACUUUUGAGAGUCUGCCAAGAGCGGAUGCCGCCGCCGUUUUCUGGACUGUUGAUUGUCAAGACCGUUCUGGACAAGGGAGCUGUUGACUUCAGAAACUGCCACUGCCUGGAUGUCUCCUGGGUGCUCAUCUGACGGGGUAGUCCCACUACCCCUUUUACAUGAACCUGCUGUGUGUAUUUUUGUUUGGAACAUCUUCACAGUGCAAGUCCUCUGGCCUUAACGUAGCGUUGUACAUUUUACACAACCGACCAUUUCCUUUGAGCAGAGCGGAUCUUUUCUAACCAAAUCAAAAAGUUUCUCUACACUCGUCUAGAAUCAGGAAGUCAGCGCAGAAGUCAGGUUUCCUUUCAAAUUAAGCAGACCGCCUUAAAUUUGGGGAUUAUAAAUAUGUAAAUAUUAUAUACUACUCUCUAUUAGCACAGGCGUUGUUUUGAAAUCCUAUUCUCAAUAUGCAGUUGGUAAAUGGUCUUCUGUUUAAUUCUUCUUAUUUCUACAGUUAGAUUACUGUUUCUGUAAGAUUAUUUAUUUUUGCUUUUACACUUUAACCAGACUCCAACUUGGAGCCAUGCGAUGUAGAAGUGAUUAGCUCCAGCAGUCAUUGACUAAACUGUCCACAGUGAAGCCGUAACAGCAUAGAUGUAAUAUCAAAAAUUCAUAUCACGUAUUUCAUUCAGAGUUAGCAUUGUGCCUUUAUUUUGUUUUUUGGCCCGUAUCAUACGUCUACUGCUUGAACCUAAUGUUUGGAGCUGUCUGCGCACAUCUGGGAUUUUUAGGACUUCUACGGUAGAGAAAUGUUGACGGUUCAAACUGACUUUUAGUUUGGAGAGUUAUUUUUUAUUUACUAGAGAAAGUCUAACAAAAAAUGCCCCAUGGUUGAUAAGACGGCUCAAGUUCAGUUCCCAUGACACUGUCAAGGCCUUCCUGUCUUUGGUUUCCACAGUUCUGAUGGCAGAGCAUCACUGGACGGAUUUCACCACUAGUCAAAUUGAAUUUCAAUUUGCACUUUACUGUUCUGCAGUUGUUUAUCUUCAUUUCUGUCUGUUUUUAAUAAAUUGAAAUUAUUAUGGACUGCACAUGUGGAUACAUGGU